UAUAAGGCCACCCCCCCUCCCCUCUUCUCUCUCUCACACACACUAUAUAUGAAUAUGAAUGAAUGCCCCUUACUCUUCAUAUAAGGGCACCUCUCUCUCUCUCUCUCUCUCUCUCUCUCUCUCUGAGUUCCUCCUAAGGUUGAAGGGAAAGUCCUUGUACGUACACACACACACACACACAUACACAUAUAUAUAUAUAUGUAGAUAUCAGCUCGAGAUUCAAAGAAAGAUUUACAAUCUCAGAGGACUUGGGGAAGAGAUUAAGCCCAAAGAACUGCCAUUGGCUUUCCCUGGAAAUCAAGAUGGUUGCUUUUGGCAAGAAGCUUAAGGAAGCCCAAAUUCAAGAAUGGCAAGGAUAUUACAUCAACUACAAGCUAAUGAAGAAGAAAGUAAAGCAAUAUGCUCAACAAAUCGAGAUUGGAGGCCAAGAUGAUGUUUAUAUUCUCAAGGACUUCUCAAGAAUGCUGGACAACCAGGUGCUACAAACUCUACAACUAACUAGAAAUCGCGUUCUGUUUCAUCGCGAUAUCCAUUCUAGAUAUUCUUCCAAUCUCACCUUGUGAUAAGAGUUCAAGACUUGUUUCAUUCAGGGAGUAAUACAGCUCGUUAGUGAGCUUGUAUGUCCUAUGUGUACUCAUAAAUACCGAUGUUUCAGCCUUUCAUCAAGUGAAAAGAUGACUAUUAGUUUGUCUUAUUGAUUUCAGAUUGAAAAGAUUGUUUUGUUCUUCUUGGAACAACAAGGGCUGAUGGCAAGCAAGUUAUCAGGUCUUUAGGAAGAGCGUGAUGCCCUUUUGCAGCAUGUCGGUAUCCCAAGAACAUCUGAAUUACAAGAUGCGUACAGAGAGGUUGGCCGGGAUCUCCUGAGGCUUCUCUUUUUCAUCGAAAUGAAUGCUAUUGGUCUUCGUAAGAUUCUGAAGAAAUUCGACAAACGCUGUGGAUACAAGUUCACUGACUACUAUGUCAAAACUCGUGCAAAUCAUCCCUACUCCCAACUGAGACAGGUUUUCAGGCACGUGGGUAUUGCGGCUGUUGUAGGAACUAUAUCUCGCAAUCUUGCAGAUCUUCAAGAUCAUCAGGGUAGCCAUGCAUCGAUCUAUGAUCACCCCUCUCUUUCUGUACCGGACCCUAUCAUUGACACUAUAAAAGCUGCAGUUGACCGACUAACAAACUCAACAAAUUUCCUCGAAUAUCUAGGAAGGCAUGCUCUUAUUGUGCCAGACGAUCUGCAGACUCCAUCUCAGGACAAUCUUCUUGAGGAGAAAUACCAUUUUAUGUCACUCCUCCUGAACCUGGUAAACACAUUUUUGUACAUGGUUAACACAUACAUUAUCGUCCCAACAGCAGACAACUACUCGCUGAGCCUGGGAGCUGCUGCGACUGUUUGUGGUGUCGUGAUUGGAUCGAUGGCAGUUGCGCAGGUGUUUUCGUCAGUAUACUUCAGUGCAUGGUCUAACAAAUCGUACCUGAGACCCCUUGUAUUUAGCAGCAUUGUGCUUUUUGUGGGGAAUGCCCUCUACGCCCUGGCUUAUGAUAUGAACUCGAUAUACGUUCUUCUGAUUGGUCGCGUAUUUUGUGGGUUAGGUUCUGCCAGAGCGGUUAACAGACGCUAUAUCAGCGACUGUGUGCCUCAUAAGAUGCGAAUGAAAGCAUCUGCAGGUUUCGUCAGCGCCAGUGCGCUUGGAAUGGCAUGUGGUCCUGUUCUCGCGUGCUUACUCCAAACUCGAUUUACGCUGUUCAACAUUACGUUCAAUGAAGACACUUUACCAGGAUGGCUUAUGGCUCUGGCAUGGCUUGUCUACCUUCUGUGGUUGUGGAUCUCAUUCAGGGAGCCUCCUCUAGAGGAGGCUAAAGAUAAUAACAUUGCAUCACAUGAAGCCAACACUGCAUUCCCCAUAUCAGGACAAGUAGAAACUGGCUUAUUAGAGGACAGUAUUUCCAGUCCAUUGCUUGUAAGGUCAGAAGAGAAGCAAGAAGAAGAAGACAGGGAAGAAGAAUGCGACUGCAAAGAAGAGUCACCCAAGGAGAAUCAAAAACCAAUCACUUCGAUCAAAUCUGCGUUCAGUUUGCUUACACCAUCUGUUAAGGUUCAGCUAUUCGUGUAUUUUAUGCUCAAGUAUGCGAUGGAGAUUGUACUUGCAGAAUCAAGUGUUGUCACCGCGUAUUACUUCAUUUGGUCGACCACUAAUGUGGCUGUUUUUCUCGCGUUUCUUGGGCUGACCGUCCUACCAAUAAAUAUUUUAGUUGGAAGCUACCUCAGCAACAUGUUUGAGGAAAGGCAAGUAUUACUGGCAUCAGAAAUUAUGGUUUGUUUAGGGAUAAUCCUGAGCUUCCAUGUAAUUAUACCAUACUCUGUGCCGCAAUAUGUCUGCUCGGCCCUCAUAACGUUUGUAUCAGCCGAAGUUCUUGAAGGUGUGAACCUUGCACUCCUAUCGCGUGUCAUGUCAUCACGACUCUCACGAGGGACAUAUAACGGUGGGCUGCUUUCAACAGAAGCGGGUACUCUAGCACGAGUAAUUGCCGAUGGGACAAUAACAUUGGCAGGUUACUGGGGUAUGAGCAGGCUCUUAAAUGUCACCCUCAUUCCUUGCCUCUUCAUCUGCAUCUCCUCUAUUGCUGCCACCUGCUUAACUUACAAUUCUCUCUACUGACUACCUCUCAAUUGUACACCCCUCCUAAUUUAUCUAAAACUAGCUUUGAAUAGUCUCUUGUAUACUCUAAUGUUCGAUACAGUGGCUUGUUAGUACAGUAUUUUUAUGUCUAUUUAUAACACGAAGUUGAGUAGGCAUAUAUGUGCGUGAA